AUGGGGGCGCGAUGCUGCACUCUGUCGCAAGGGGCCAAAUCCGAGACCCUCGCAGUAGAGAGAAGAAUACAGAAGACCGCGAAGACGAACAACCUGAAGACUUACAAGGAGUUCCAGGAUGCCUACUCGCAGAAAGGCCCCAUCCGACCGGGCACUUCAGCGCUGGACGUGAAACUGAAGGAGCUCGGAAAGGGAUUUGUCUGCCGCAAGCUGAAGAAGUCUCUUGUGCCCUGCAAGAACCCCAGCGACAUCAGCAAGUACUGCCAGGCAUUGAGUGGACUUGAACAUCCCCAUCUCUGCCGCUUCAUCGAGGCGUUCGAAGACAACACGUACAUCUACUUGAUCUACGAGCGAGCUGGUACCACGACGUUGUUCGAGAAUAUCCAGGAACGUGCCUCGCUGACCGAGGAAGAGGCCGCCGACUACUUGCGCCAGGCUGCAAUGGCGCUGUCUGUGGCCCACUCGCAGGGCAUCGUCCAUGGGAGACUUUCACCGAAGGCCCUCAUCAUCGAUGAGGAAGAUGCUGCAGAGGAGGACUGCGAUGUGCAAAUCAAGAUUUGCGACAUCGGCCAGGGCUUUGUGCUCCGACCGCCUCUCUUCUCGACUGAGGAGACAUCGAAGGGCUUGGAGCUGGAGCGCUACGCCAUCUCGCCGGAGUACAUUCAGAAGGAGCUGGUUCUUGAUGGAAAGUUGGAACUUCCACGGCAUGCCGAGAAGAACGACAUCUGGGCGCUCGGCAUGAUCUUCUUCCACAUGCUGUCAGGGAGCCUGCCGUUUCAG